AUGCUGCGGCCUGACGUAUCACCAACGUUUCCUUCUGUCCCUGUGGCUUCCCCCUGCUCACCAGAGGUUCGGUCCCAGGGUCCCCGCUACAAUUUCGGACUCCAGGAGACUCCUUUGAGCCGCCCUUCAGCCCAAGCCGCCUCUGCAUCUUCCCCACCAGGCACGUCUGGAACGGCGGGUGACAGGAGCGGCAGCAGCAGUCUACCUGGGCACCCGCUCAGCGCCCUGCCGCCUCAAGGCAAGGAGUUGUGUUCAUACUUUAGAAACAGAAGAUCUUUUGCAGAAAACACACAUGCAUCACAUGUUAUGCUUGGUACAAGCUCAUCCUCUGCACAAGAUAGUAAUUAUCCUCAAAUACUAAAAUCUCCAUUAUGUGCUGGAAUUCCCCAGAGAUCAGGUUAUAAAAGUUGGACACCACAAAUGGGAUAUUCAGCUACAUCCUCAUCUGCAGUUUCUGCACACUCUCCUUCAGUUAUUGUAGCUGUUGUUGAAGGGAGAGGACUUGCCAGAGGUGAAAUAGGAAUGGCAAGUAUUGAUUUAAAAAGCCCACAAAUUGUAUUAUCUCAGUUUGCGGACAAUACAACAUAUGCAAAGGUGAUCACUAAACUUAAAAUUUUAUCACCAUUGGAAAUAAUAAUGUCAAAUACUGCUUGUGUUGUGGGGAAUUCAACCAAGUUGUUUACUCUUAUCACAGAAAAUUUCAAGAAUGUUAAUUUCACUACAAUCCAAAGGAAAUACUUCAAUGAAACAAAAGGACUAGAAUACAUUGAACAGUUAUGCAUAGCAGAAUUCAACACUGUCCUAAUGGAGGUUCAGUCCAAAUAUUACUGCCUUGCAGCUGUUGCAGCUUUAUUAAAAUAUGUUGAAUUUAUUCAAAAUUCAGUUUAUGCACCAAAAUCGCUAAAGAUUUGUUUCCAGGGUAGUGAACAGACAGCCAUGAUAGAUUCAUCAUCAGCCCAAAACCUUGAAUUACUAAUUAAUAAUCAAGACUCUAGGAAUAAUCACACACUCUUUGGUGUUCUAAAUUAUACUAAGACUCCUGGAGGAAGUAGAAGACUUCGUUCUAAUAUAUUAGAACCUCUAGUUGAUGUUGAAACCAUUAACAUGAGAUUAGAUUGUGUUCAGGAACUGCUUCAAGAUGAGGAACUCUUUUUUGGACUUCAGUCAGUUAUAGCAAGAUUUCUUGAUACAGAGCAACUUCUUUCUGUUUUAGUUCAAAUUCCAAAGCAAGACACGGUUAAUGCAGCUGAAUCAAAGAUAACAAAUUUAAUAUACCUAAAACAUACCUUGGAACUUGUGGAUCCUUUAAAGAUUACUCUGAAGAACUGUAACACACCUUUAUUAAGAGCUUAUUAUGGUUCCUUGGAAGAUAAGAGGUUCGGAAUCAUACUUGACAAGAUUAAAACAGUAAUUAAUGAUGAUGCAAGAUACAUGAAGGGAUGCCUGAACAUGAGGACUCAGAAGUGCUAUGCAGUAAGGUCUAACAUAAAUGAAUUUCUUGACAUAGCCAGAAGAACAUAUACGGAGAUUGUAGAUGACAUAGCAGGAAUGAUAACACAGCUUGCAGAAAAAUAUAGUCUUCCUUUAAGGACAAGUUUUAGCUCUGCUCGAGGAUUUUUCAUUCAGAUGACUACAGACUGUACAGUCCUACCCAAUGAUCAACUUCCUUCAGAGUUUAUUAAGAUUUCCAAAGUGAAAAAUUCUUAUAGCUUUACAUCUGCAGAUUUAAUUAAAAUGAAUGAAAGAUGCCAAGAGUCUUUGAGAGAAAUCUAUCACAUGACUUAUAUGAUUGUGUGCAAACUGCUUAGUGAGAUUUAUGAGCAUAUUCAUUGCCUAUAUAAACUGUCUGAUACUGUGUCAAUGCUGGAUAUGCUACUGUCAUUUGCUCAUGCCUGUACUCUUUCUGAUUAUGUUCGGCCAGAGUUUACUGAUACUUUAGCAAUCAAGCAGGGAUGGCAUCCCAUUCUUGAAAGAAUAUCUGUGGAAAAACCUGUUGCUAACAAUACGUAUAUUACAGAAGGGAGUAAUUUUUUUAUCAUAACUGGACCAAAUAUGAGUGGGAAAUCCACAUAUUUGAAACAGAUUGCUCUUUGUCAGAUUAUGGCCCAAAUUGGAUCAUAUGUUCCAGCAGAAUAUUCUUCCUUUAGAAUUGCUGAACAGAUUUUUACAAGAAUAAGUACUGAUGAUGAUAUCGAAACAAAUUCAUCAACAUUUAUGAAGGAAAUGAAAGAGAUAGCAUAUAUUCUACAUAAUGCUAAUGACAAGUCACUUAUAUUAAUUGAUGAACUUGGCAGAGGUACUAAUACAGAAGAAGGUAUUGGCAUUUGUUAUGCUGUUUGUGAACAUCUGCUGAGCUUAAAGGCAUUUACACUGUUUGCUACACAUUUCCUGGAACUGUGCCAGAUAGAUGUUCUGUAUCCUAAUGUAGAAAACGUGCAUUUUGAAGUUCAGCAUGUAAAGAACACUUCAAGAAAUAAGGAAGCAAUCUUGUAUACCUACAAACUUUCUAACGGACUCACAGAAGAAAAAAAUUAUGGAUUAAAAGCUGCAGAGGUGUCAUCACUCCCACCAUCAAUUGUCUUGGAUGCCAAAGACAUCACAACUCAAAUUACCAGGCAGAUUUUGCAAAACCAAAGGAGUACCCCUGAGAUGGAAAGACAGAGAGCUGUAUACCAUCUAGCUACUAGACUUGUUCAAACUGCUCGAAACUCUCAAUUGGAUCCAGACAGUUUACGAACAUAUUUAAGUAAUCUCAAAAAGAAGUAUGAAGCAGAUUUUCCCAGGGCUGAACAAGAUUCAGGAAAGACUGAAGAAUAG